AUGGUGUCCUACCUGUCUCUCGGUGUGCUGCUUUUAGCAGCCACCGCCUACGCCAAAUCUCCUUUCAUUGUUGGUGGUCAGGACACCAGAAUUGAAAACUAUCCCUCCCUGGUUCAAGUGGAAUAUUUGAAGAGCUGGGGCUCCUGGAACCAAGAAUGUGGAGCCAGUAUACUGACUAGUUACUGGGUGCUGUCAGCUGCCCACUGCUUCGAAGGAUGGCAAUACAGACCUGCCAAUACCCGCAUUCGCGCGGGAGCCACCUUCCGCCACACUGGAGGAAGCGUCCACAACGUGGACUUCGAACGCAACCACCCAGAUUACAGAAGAGCGUCAAGAUACGACGCUGACAUCAGUGUCAUCAAGCUCCGCACUCCCAUCUCCUUCUCAUCGUCUAUCCAAAGAUGUACUAUUGUCACCCAGGGCUUCAAUGUCCCUGAUAAUACUGCAGUCGUACACGCUGGCUGGGGAACUACACGGUUUGGCGGACAAGCAUCCCACGUUCUUCAACACGUUACCAUCAACGUGAUCAACAGGAACCUUUGUGCCCAACGUUAUGGCGGUAACACCAUCACCGCCAACAUGAUCUGCGCUGGUAUCUUGAACGUCGGCGGCCGUGACGCCUGCCAAGGCGACUCUGGUGGUCCUCUGUACGCUGGCAACGUAGUUGUUGGUGUGGUAUCCUUUGGAAAUGGAUGUGGUGACCCUUACUACCCCGGUGUCAGCACACGAGUAGCUUCCUACACUAACUGGAUCCUAUCGACAGCUCCAUCCGGCUACGCCAAAUCCCCUUUCAUUGUUGGUGGUCAGGACACCAGAAUUGAAAACUAUCCGUCCCUGGUUCAAGUGGAAUAUUAUCUAGGCUGGGGCUUUUGGAACCAAGAAUGUGGAGCCAGUAUACUGACUAGUUACUGGGUGCUGUCAGCUGCCCACUGCUUCGAAGGAUGGUCCUACAGUCGGGAGAACACGCGUAUAAGAGCAGGUGCCACCAGGCGUCAUACCGGUGGAAGUGUUCACAACAUAGAGUUCGAACGUAAUCAUCCCGAUUACCGGAGAGCUGCCAGAUACGACGCUGAUAUUAGCGUCAUCAAGCUACGGACUCCUCUCUCAUUCUCUGCGACUAUCCAAAGAUCUACUAUUGUUAGUCAGGGCUUCGCUAUGCCUGAUAACCAGCCUGUAGUACACGCUGGGUGGGGAGCUACUCGGUUCAACGGCGAACCAUCCGUAGUCCUUCAACACGUGACCAUCUAUGUGAUUAAUAGAAAUCUUUGUGCCCAACGUUAUGGCGGUAACACCAUCACCGCCAACAUGAUCUGCGCUGGUAUCUUGAACGUCGGCGGCCGUGACGCCUGCCAAGGCGACUCUGGUGGUCCUCUGUACGCUGGCAACGUAGUUGUUGGUGUGGUAUCCUUUGGAAAUGGAUGUGGUGACCCUUACUUCCCCGGUGUGAGCACACAGGUUUCGUCCUAUACCAACUGGAUUCUAGCUAAUGCUCCGAUUUCUCAGGCCAAAUCUCCAUUUAUUGUCGGUGGUCAAGAUGCUGCGAUCGAGCAAUAUCCAUCUUUAGUACAAAUUGAGUUUUUCUUCCCUUGGCUUGGAGUUUGGGAUCAGCAAUGCGGUGGAAAUAUUUUAACCACUUAUUGGCUUCUAACAGCUGCACACUGUUUUAAUGAAUGGUGGUAUGACCCUCAGAACUCACGUAUAAGGGCAGGUGCUACUUAUCGUCAUACUGGUGGAAGCGUACACUAUGUAGACUUUGAGCGCAAUCACCCCGACUAUAACAAGGCUUCCGCCUUUGAUUCUGAUAUAAGUGUCUUCAAACUACUCACACCGCUCGUGUACUCACCGUCCAUCCAAAGAGGAACCAUUGUGAUGCAGGGUUCUGUUAUACCUGACAAUUUCCCAGUGGUGCACGCUGGAUGGGGCACCUUAUACUCCAACGGGCCGUCGUCUCACGUUCUACAAGAUGUAACUAUAAACACCGUGAACAGAGAAACUUGCGCGUCGCGUUAUAGCGGAUUCAAUAUAAGAAUCACCGAAAACAUGAUCUGCGCUGGUAUUCUGGACGUGGGCGGUCGUGACGCCUGCCAAGGGGACUCUGGUGGACCGAUGUACGUUGGUGACGUCAUCGUCGGCGUUGUGUCCUUUGGCCUUGGCUGUGCUGACCCUCGGUACCCAGGUGUCAGUGCUUCCGUGGCAUCUUUCACUAAUUGGAUCGUGGAAAAUGCUCAAUAA